AUGGAGGGCGGAGGAGAAAGAGGAUUCGAUGGCGGAGAAGAGGUGGGUGAGGCGUUCGAAGACGGCCAUUUGGGGGAUGAGUUUGUGGGUGUCGGAGACGUCGGUUGGUGUAGAGAGACGGAUUCGGGCGAAAAUUGGGUGACCGAUUGGGGUCUUCCGGUGGUGGCGGUGGUGCUGCGGCCGCCAUUUGAGAGAGUGGUGGCGUGGGUGGGGGUGACCGGGGUGGUUUUUUCAAAGUGGAGCCGUAAAUAUUCGGUGCAACGGUGA